AUGACAGUCCGCUAUGUGCCACCUUUGGACAGCUCCGCGCUGGACAGCCCCUCGCGGCAGAUCAUGCAAGAGCUUAUUCAAGGCCUCGAGAGCGUCAAGAUCUUCAAUGCUGACUUGAAGAAGGUCCAUGAAUAUGAGCGCACUGCCUACGAGAAUGAGCUCGACCGCAAGGAUCGUGAAACCGAAGCUAUUCACAAUGCCGCUCUCGAUGAGGCAGCAGCCCACCAUAACCAUAUCCGCGAAGAGGCCGAGGCUACUCUGAGAGCGCACCUUCGCGAAGAGGAAGAAGCGCAGCGCCAGCGGGAAGAAGCCGCCCGCAAAGAAAAAGAACGGAUUGAGAAGGAAAAGGCUGAAAAGCUGCGACGCGAGCAGGAAGAAGCCGCGCGUGUUGAGACAGAACGUCAAGCUAAGGAGAAAGCCAAGGCCGAGGAAGCUCGCAAGGCCCAGGAGGCUGAAAACGCGCGCAAGGCCGCCAUUGAAGAAAAGCAGCGCAAAGAGCGCGAGGCAGCCGAGGCCCAGAAGCGCAAGGCAGAACAGGAUGCGCAAAAGGCCAAGGAAGAAGCCGACCAACAGGCCCGCAGUGAGCAGCAGCAAAAGCUCGGAGCUGGACGCCUCUCUGAAAAAGAACUCGGUGUUCAGCAGCGCUAUGUUGAACUUCAUAAGGUUCUCAAAGAGUUCCGCGCGUGGCUGGUUGGCGAAAGCAAAAAGAAUCCAGAGAUGAAAAAAUACAUUGGAGAUCUGCGUCGGACGAUCAGGAAGUCCGUUGGUCAACUCCGUGCCGGCAAGGGUGCUAACACUAACCAGCUUGCCCAAAUUAAGUCCGAGCUCGAAAAGGCCGCUGCAAUCCCAGAACCCUCGGUUGAUGUUCAACGAUUCAUCGCGUUCCCACCCACUGAGAUGGCGGGCUCAGAACAUAAAAUUUCCGCUCUAUUGAUAUACGCUUUGAACAUCUACGCGAAGGCGUUGGUAUCCGCGCUCAUCACCGAAGCGGCUCUCAACCCAGGCCAUGCCGAGCCGAUUGGCAUCAUGGCAGCGCAGAUCUUUUCUCAGGAUGGUUUAAUGUACAAAGGAAUCCCCCUUUCUGACAUUUUGAUGGCCAAGUUCCGAGUAGUCUGCCCCGCCCUAUGGGGAUUUACCGGCAACGACAAGACAGAUUCCGGACGCCGUGCCCUAGGCUGGUCGCGUGAAGAAGCCGGCGGUCCCUUCAUCAGCGAGCAAGCACACUUGGAUCGGAUGACUGCCCUGGGAUCCGGAUAUGCAGCCAUCACCUUGCGCAACUUCGGAAAAACAGCCCGCAAAAACCCCUUUCCUAACACCAUGUUCUGGGACUCAAUUACCAAGAUCCUAGCCAUCCCACCAUCAGAACUGCAGGAAACGCAGAUCAUCCUCCUGGGCUCUCUCCUCCGGUCCUCCCCAGAGCGAAUCCUAGGAUUCUUCGGCCAAAUCGGUCUCGUCCUCAUGCGCAAGGCUCUGGUCGAACUCCCCGGAUCUGUCCCUCGACAAACCGUAGCAGUCAUCCAACUCACGGCGCUGAAAGAGACACUCCGCCGCGAGAAGAACAUUUUGCUGUGA